AUGGAAUACCCGAACCAGGAUGGAGCUGGUGGACGAUCUACACCCCGGUCCCCCGGCCGGCCAAGUAACACACAUCCUCCCACAGACGGCGGAAGACAAAAGAGCAUUGAAGGAGAAGCUCCUACGGAGGCACUAUCCCACGCCGCAUCCAAGCGCAAGAGACUGCAAGAGCGACACCAAGCUCGCAAGCGCGGACGCACCCCUCCAUCCGUCUUCCCUCGUCGUAACCGCUCUCGCAGCCCCAAUGGCGCCGCACCCCGAGAGGACCGACGGUCCCGAUCCCCCAUACAGCGACGUUCACCUUCGCCCGAAGCACCGCGUCCACGCAAGCGCCCUGGCGGCGGUGCCCGACAGGGCAUCGCGGACCGUGAAACUCUACGACGGAGACAGGAGGAGCGAGAGCGUGCAGAGCAGGAUGAAGCUAUGCGCAAUUCCCAGCAGCGCGGUGUGACGGAUGUGGUUCGGCAACAUUACAAUGCGGUUCCCGAGAGAGGUCGCGAGUGGCGCAAGACAGAGAGUCAGAUUAAGGGUCUACGCACAUUCAACAAUUGGGUCAAGAGCACUUUGAUUCAGAAGUUCUCGCCAGAUGAAUCAUUUGCUGCGCGGUUCGAUGACGCCAAGGAGUGGGCGGAUGAUAGUCAGGGCCCUCCACCGGUUGAAGAUAGUAGGCUCCUGGUGCUGGACCUGGGUUGUGGAAAGGGUGGUGAUCUGGGGAAGUGGCAGCUGGCGCCUCAGACGGUUGAUCUCUAUGUUGGUCUCGACCCUGCCAAUGUCUCAGUUGACCAGGCUCGGGGACGGUAUGAUGAGAUGCGUUCGGGUCGUCGAGGCCAACGAGGCCGCCGUCCUCAGCCUAUCUUCCAUGCUGAAUUCUGGCCAAAGGAUUGCUUUGGCGAAUAUCUCGGUGAUGUUCCCAUCAUCCAGCAGGUCGGCAUUGAUCCCAAUGUUGGGCCUGGGGGGUCUAUCAUGGCAUCCCGGUAUGGUGGAGGAGGGUUCGACGUCGUCACCUCUAUGUUUGCCAUUCACUACGCUUUCGAAACCGAGGAGAAGACGCGCCAGAUGCUCCGCAAUGUGGCCGGUUGCUUGAAGAAAGGCGGUCGUUUCAUUGGUGUGUGUCCCAACUCGGACGUCAUCAGCAGCCGUGUGGCUGCAUACCACAAACAACGCAAAGAAAACGAGGCUACCAAACCCGCUGAGCCAGAGGGCCCGGAAGACGGAGAAGUGGAGGAAGUUGCGCGCGCCGAAUGGGGUAAUGACAUCUACCGCGUUCGAUUCCCCGGCGCAACGCCUGAGGAUGGAAUCUUCCGUCCUCCUUUCGGUUGGAAGUACAGUUACUUUAUGAAGGAGGCUGUCGAGGAGGUUCCUGAAUACGUUGUCCCCUGGGAAGCCUUCCGAGCCUUGACCGAGGAUUACAACCUGGAACUCCAAUACCGCAAGCCCUUCUUGGAUAUCUGGGAGGAUGAGCACAACCACCCGGAACUGGGUCCACUCAGCGAGCGGAUGGGCGUGCGGGACCGAGCGACUGGUGCUUUGAAUAUGACCGAGCAGGAAAAGGAUGCCGUCAGCUUCUACCACGCUUUCUGCUUCUACAAGGUUUAG